AUGGCGCGGCCGGACGACGAGGAGGGGGCGGCGGUGGCGCCCGGGCACCCGCUCGCGAAGGGGUACCUCCUGGUGCCGAGGGGCGCGCCCGCAGAGAAGGAGAGCGUGGAGCCGCAGAACGGACCCAAAGCCGGCUGCCGGCCCCUGAACGGGUUCCCCCGGGACAGCCCCGCGGCCGGCGCGGGAGCCCUGGGCGGGCCGCAGACUCCGCUGGCCCCGGAAGAGGAGACCCAGGCCCGGCUGCUGCCCGCGGGCCCGGGAGAGGCGACCCCGGGGGCCGAGGGCACCCUGCUGCCCCGGAUCGCGCUCUCCACGCGGCGCUUUUUGGUGCUCCUGAUCUUCAGCCUGUACUCGCUGGUGAACGCCUUUCAGUGGAUCCAGUACAGCAUCAUCAGCAACGUCUUCCAGGGCUUCUACGGCGUCUCCUUGCUGCACAUCGACUGGCUGUCCAUGGUGUACAUGCUGGCCUACGUGCCCCUCAUCUUCCCGGCCACCUGGCUGCUGGACACCAGAGGCCUGCGGCUCACCGCCUUGCUGGGCUCCGGCCUCAACUGCCUGGGCAGCUGGAUCAAGUGCGGCAGUGUGCAGCAGCAUCUCUUCUGGGUCACCAUGCUGGGCCAGUGCCUCUGCUCCGUGGCCCAGGUGUUCAUCCUGGGCUUGCCCUCCCGCAUUGCCUCAGUGUGGUUUGGGCCCAAAGAAGUGUCCACAGCUUGUGCCACCGCCGUGCUGGGCAAUCAGCUUGGCACUGCAGUUGGCUUUUUGCUACCACCCGUUUUAGUGCCCAACACACAGAAUGACACAAACAUCCUGGCUUGUAAUAUCAGCACCAUGUUUUAUGGAACAUCAGCUGUUGCCACACUUUUAUUUAUUUUGACAGUAAUCGGUAUCAUGACUGGAGCAUUUUAUUCAGUCUCAACAUUAUUAAAUCAAAUAAUAUUGACAUAUUAUGAGAAACAUGAUAGGCAUGGAAAUGUGUUCUUUGUCAGCCCGGCAUUGUUAGAACAGACUACUCUGAUAGUUUACAUUUUGUCCUUUAUGGGAAUGGUUAUAUUUACUUUAACAUUGGACCUUGGAUACAUUAUCAUCGUGUUUGUUACUGGAGGGGUCCUUGGUUUCUUCAUGACUGGUUACCUCCCCUUGGGUUUUGAAUUUGCUGUUGAAAUCACUUACCCUGAAUCUGAAGGCACUUCAUCUGGUCUUCUUAAUGCUGCUGCACAGAUAUUUGGAAUUUUGUUCACAUUGGCUCAAGGAAAGCUCACAUCAGACUACAGUCCUAGAGCAGGGAACAUUUUCCUCUGUGUCUGGAUGUUUAUAGGCAUCAUUUUAACAGCAUUAAUCAAGUCUGAUCUGAGAAGACAUAACAUAAAUAUAGGAAUUACAAACGUCGAUAUUAAAGCUGUGCCAGUUGACAGUCCCACAGAUCAAGAAUCAAAAGAUGUUACAUUGUCCAAGCAGCCAGAAUCAGCAAUUUGAGGUGAAAGGAAAAGUUACUAUCCUGCAGUAAUUGGGAUAGAGUGUGAUCAUCCUUGGAGAGCUAUAUGAGCACUGAGGUUGGGUUUAUAGGUGGUAGGGAAUGGAUACUUACUUGAAAAUUAUUGUAUGAACUCUAAAUGGACAGAUAUUAUUUUGCUUGUUAAUGUAAGCAAUAUUUUGCU